AUGGAAAUAUACAUGAAAGUCGAAAUACCAAAGGGUAGUUUUAAUAAAAUUGAAUACAAUAAAACUAAAAAAAGGUUCGAAUUGGAUAGGGUUUUGUCAGUGGCGAUGACUUAUCCAGGGGAAUAUGGUGUUAUUCCAGAAACCUUAGCACCAGAUGGGGAUGAAUUAGAUGUUAUUUGUUUAACCAUCCAACCCACUUUUUCCGGACUUUAUAUUCCAGUGCGAAUUAUUGGAGUUUUAAGAAUGGUCGAUAAAGGCGAACAAGAUGAUAAAUUAUUAGCUGUGAAUGCCGGUGAACCGGAAUUAAACCAUAUUCAAAAAUUAGCGGAUGUUCCUCACCAAACGAAAGAGAAAAUCAAACAUUUUUUUGCUCGCUAUAAAGAUUUAGAAGGCAAAAAAGUAGAAAUAGGAGAAUUUGAAGGUAAAGAGCAAGCAGAGACAUUAUUGAAAAAAUGUCAAGAAGUCUACCAAAAGUAA